AAUGGUGCUCGCACAUGGGCUUUUGAUUUCUCGAGUGAGCAGUUUAGAUCGAUAUCAUUGCCUCCUCCCUUCGAACCCUGCAUAUCCUACAAGGGAACAUAUUGGGGUUUUUAGAGACUCCUCUAUUUUUGUUAUCCCAUGGGGGUAUCUUUAUGAGGUAUGGCUGUUGAAAGAAGAUCAUGAUGGGGGGAAUCUUGGAGUAAAGUAUUUCGCAUAG